CAUGCCUAUAUCUAUUGCCUUAUCCGUCUUAGCUCAACAAAAUUCUCUUCAUUCAUCACAUCCCAAUUUCCAUGACCAUUUUCUUGAUGUUGAUUAGAGAUGUUAAAGUAGCUUUUAGUCGAGACAAUUGGGGUAUACUUGAUAGUGUCGUUUAAUUCGCGACAAAUUGAGUUCGGAGUCUGCAAUCAAAUGGCUAAUAAUGAUAGCAGCUUUCAUACUCCUAGUAGCUCAUUGUGUGUUAAUGAAGGCUCAAUGGUGGCUAGCAAGCUCAAUGAGUUAGCUUCUCGUUUGAAGUUUGAACAAUGGGCUAUUUCAACUCCAACAAUUCCUUCAAAUCCAACAUAUUUGACAAGUUACAACAUAGAUCAAAAACCUUUCUUCUCAGAGGAAUCUAGCAUCACUAAGCAAAAUUGUAGCACUGUUAAAUAUCUUGGAGUUCAUGGAGGCCAGGAUCUCGCGAAAGGUGUUGAUUUGGAAGAAUUGAGUUCCGAUAUUAGCUACAGGAUUUUCAGCAGUUUACAACAAAGUCAUCAUAGUGAAGACAGGGGAAUGGAUUGCCUAGUCUUGGAGAAAAAAUUAUCUGUCACUGGUUCUAAUAGUCAUGUUGAAACUGCUCUUGAGGCAUCAUCUGGACAGCAUGAGUGCAUUGGAUUUCAGUCUUCACAAGAGGCUGCAGGUGCCAGUGCCACUACUAAUUUCAUGCUUAUGAAUCCAAGUUGUAACAAAAAUAUCGGCUUAGUAUUUCCACCAGCAUCAGUUCAUUCAAGGUCAUUGUCAAUCUCCAACAUCACUGGAGAAAGCAGUGCAGGAACCGGCUAUCAAGAUUGCAGAUUGUCACCACUCUUUUUGACCGACGAAUCAUCACAGGUUUGGAGAACGGAAGUUAGUCUUCAACAGGCACGGAAUGAAGCUAAGAUGCGAUAUAAUGUGAAAAAGAAAACUAGAACGUUCAAUAAGCAAAUAAGAUAUGCUUCGCGUAAGGCCAGGGCAAAUACCAGAAGACGAGUUAAAGGCAGAUUUGUUAAGGCUGGGGAUGCUUAUGAUUAUGAUCCAGUAGCAACAAGGAUAUGAGAGAAGGAGACCUUUAGAGUAACGGUAAAGUUGUUUCUAUAUGAUUCAUAGAUCACGAGUUCAACUCGUGGAAUCAACCCAUAAUGUUUGCAUCAGGUAGAGUGUCUAUAUUAUAGCAACUCUUUCCGGAUUUUGCAUGAAAUUGGAAAACUUUGUACACCCAAGCUACCUAUUUUUUAGUUAGUAAUAAGGGAUAUGUUGGCUAUCAAAGCUAAUUUUGGCCCCUUCUAUAUUGUCAAAAUUUGCCGGUGUUAAGGUAUCACAGGGCAAAGAUACUCGAAUUCCUUUGGUGGCCAGUCGAAAAGGUUUAUGUUAGAUGAGCUGGUCAAACAAUUCUUCAUGGUAUUAGAGCAGAUAGACGUCAUAAAUUCACGUAUCACUGUUGUUGACAUGCUUAGUACGUCGAUAAAAGUGUAUCUUCUAUAAGAGCUUAAACUUUUAGACGAGGCAAUCUGGUAAUUCAAUACCGGGUUUAUCCCAUGAGAAGUUUUAUUGUGGCUAAACUAGUUCAAUUGGGGGUAUGUCAAGAAACAUAGCAUAUGUUACUAUAUUUCCUAUAAAAUGGAAGAUGUGAACUUGAUAAUGGAAUAUGAAGGGAACCAUUUUUUUAUUGUCUCUCCAGAGAUAUGUCUUGUAUAUUGUAUUAUUGAUAUAGAAUAAUACUCUUUCAUAAUA